AGAAGAAGAUAAGAGAGAGAGAGAGAGAGAGAGAGGGAGAGCCUCCGUGUGUCUAUCACAGGUAGAAGAGAGAUCAAAGUUAAGGAUAUUAUGGCUCUAAAAAGCAAGGUCCUUGUGGUUGGUGGAACAGGGUACCUAGGCAAGAGGAUUGUUAAGGCAAGUUUAGCACAAGGUCACCCCACCUAUGUCCUACAACGCCUGGAGAUCGGCUUAGACAUCGACAAACUUCAGAUGCUCAUGACAUUCAAGGAGCUCGGAGCCAAGCUUAUUGAAGCCUCUUUUUCCGAUCACCGGAGUCUCGUCGAUGCCGUGAAACAAGUUGAUGUUGUUAUAUGUGCCAUCUCCGGUGUUCAUUUUAGAAGUCAUAAUAUUCUUUACCAACUAAAGCUUAUUGAUGCGAUCAAAGAAGCUGGAAAUGUCAAGCGAUUCUUGCCGUCGGAGUUUGGCAUCGACCUGGCACGGAUGGGGCAUGCACUUGAACCUGGUAGGGUGACUUUUGAUGAGAAGAUGACUGUAAGGAAAGCAAUUGAAGGAGCCAGCAUCCCCUUCACUUAUGUCUCAGCCAACUGCUUUGCUGGUUACUUCGUUGGGAACUUGUCCCAGAUGGAAAGGCUCACACCUCCAAUGGAAAAAGUAACCAUAUAUGGUAAUGGUAAUGUGAAAGCAAUUUUCUUGAACGAGGAUGACAUCGCAGCAUACACCAUCAAAACUAUAGACGAUCCACGUACUUUAAAUAAAACAGUUUACCUCAGGCCACCGGAAAACAUCCUUACCCAGAGGGAGUUGGUUGGAAUUUGGGAGAAACUAAUUGGGAAGCAAUUAGAGAAAACCACCAUAUCAUCACAAGACUUCCUUGCUUCCAUGAAAGGUAUGGAUUAUGCUGCCCAAGUUGGGAUUGGGCAUUUCUACCACAUUUUCUAUGAAGGCUGCCUAGCAAAUUUUGAGAUUGGAGAAGGGGAAGAAGAGGCUUCGAAGUUAUAUCCAGAGGUCAAGUACACCCGAGUAGAUGAAUACCUGAAACGUUUUCUCUAGAAAAAUAACAAAGAUGUAAAAGAUACUCCUUGGGAAAAUUAAGCCCGGGAGUUAGAUGAGUAUUAGAAAUUCCCUGAACAUGCAUCUCUGAAAUCAUCUAUAAACUGAUGAUGAAAAUUACCAAUAUCCCACCCAAUGCACAAUUAUUGUGGUCCUAUACUUAUGCUCCAAUUUUUGAAAAUUUCAUUUAGAAAUGCAAUUCUAGGUUUGGUUUUUAUUUUUAA